AUGCUGGGGCUGGUCCUGCUGGCUUUGGCCAGUGCUGUGGGUCUGAGCCAGGCCAGCGGCUUCACAGAAAAAGGCCUGUCCUUGCUGAGCUACCAGCUGUGCAGCUACCUGCAGACCCGAAGCGUCCAGAGGAUGGAGGCCGUCCAGACCUCCCACGUGACCCACGCGUCCUGCGGCGGCUGGAUCCCGUGGAGGCGGUGCCCCAAGACUGUGUACAGGACACAGUACCUGGCCGUGGAGGUCCCCGAGUCCAGGAACGUGACCGACUGCUGCCAGGGCUACGAGCAGCUCGGCCUCUACUGCGUCCUGCCCCUGAAUCGGUCUGGGGAGUUUGCAUCAAGGCCUGGUGUCUGUCCGACUGCAGCGCCACAGCCAGGCGCCUCGCAGUGCAGCUGGGACACUGACUGCCCUGGGCUGCAGAAGUGCUGUCCCUGGUCAGGGGGCCACCACUGUGUGGCCUCUGCACCCCACGGUAGGACUAGAGAAGCAGUGGGCAGCUGGUACAACGUGACCGUUCUGGUGAAGAUGGACUUCGAGGACCUGCAGCGUGUGGACCCCAGGCUGCGGAACCACACUCGCCUUCUGUACUCCUUGGUCACCAGUGCCUUGCAGCCACUGGACCCUGCUGUGCACUACCUGAGCUCAGCCAGCCAGGACCCCUCCACCACACUGUCAUGGCUGCUGCUCGGUCUGCCUCGGCUGCUGCCGGUGGCCAACGUCUCCGCCCUGCUGGAUGACAUCGUGAAGCGUGUCUAUGAAGUGGUCAACAUCCAGGUGCAAGAUGUAAACGAGUGUGCCCACCACGAGCUCCACGCCUGCCCUGGAGAGCAGCUGUGCGUCAACGCGGAGGGCUCCUACCAGUGCGUCCGCCCACAUGUGUCGUCAGCCUCGGCUCCCCGGACGCCCAACCCUGCCGGCGAAGAUUGUCCUCCUAUCUGUGACUACGUGGCCCUCAACGUCACCAGCAGCAGUUUCCGGGUGUCCUGGAGUUUGAAUUCCACCCAGAACCACACCUUUCACGUCCAGGUCCAGCAGGGUGAGCUGGUGCUCAGAGAUACCUGGACCAGCGACCUGGUCCUGGAGGUGGCUGGGCUGGAGGCCGGAGUGCUGUACAGCGUGAAGACCAGCUACCAGGGGUGCGGGACCAACGUCUCCGCCUGGCUGACCAUCAAGACAGAUGCCCAAGUUUAUGGAGUUACAAUAAAGAUCAUCAACCGCAACUUGACGGAGCAGCUGCUCAACUGCAGCAGCACGGAACACAGGAACUUCUCCCGGCAGCUGCUGCGUGAGGUUGAGAACUCCUUUCCACCAGCAGUUUCUGACCUAUACCGACGUGGGAAGCUCAGGGUGCAGAUCACAUCUCUCCAGGCGGGAAGCUUGGUAGUGAAGCUGAGACUCACAGUGCAAGACCCUGAGUUUCCAGUGGCUGUCUCCACUCUGGCUCCCAUGCUCCAGCUUCUGUCUUCAAGCACAGUGUUCCAGAUCGACCAGCAGGGGACAGUAGUACAAGACUGGGACGAGUGUGCAGACGGCUCCCAGCACGACUGCUCCCCCAGCGCCCGCUGCAUCAACCUGGAGGGCUCGUACGCCUGCCAGUGCCACACCGCCAGGGACGCCAACCCCUCCCGGGCAGGCCGGGCCUGUGAGGGUGACGUGGCCAGCCCCACCGGAGGUGAGCCGUCUGCAGCAGCAGAGGUGACAGCCCCAGCUCUCGGCACAGAGACUCCCACACUGUCCCUCAGUCCCAGGCACCCAUGGGACAGCCUGGCAGCAAGCCAGGCCCAGACCCCAGGACCCCCACCCAGGAGAGGGGGCAGUAUCACCGUCAGGAUCCACAGGAACAGCACAGGGCGAGGCAUGGAGGAGGAGCUUCUGGGGAGCCCCACCGUGGAGCCGCUCUCCUGGCCUGGCCCUGCGGAGCGCCCCCCUGGCCACGUUGUGUGGCACACCAGCCUUCCCCCGCAGGGGACAUCUCUGAGUGCCACGAGAUUGCAGAGCGAGAACCCUGCACCUUCCCCCUCUCCAGACCUGCCAUCGACCCCUAUCCCUGCCUCCCUGAAGGGCCCUGCCUGUGUCCCUGUCCCUAUUGAGAGGGUCACGGUCUCCAAUGUGACUAGCUCCAGCUUCCACCUGGCGUGGGUGGCGAAUCUCACCUUGCACCCCACCUUCCGGCUCACGCUGGUCUCCCCAUGGAGCCCUGCCCAGGACCUGGAGACCCAGGACACAGGCGUGACUCUGUCGGGGCUGGGGCCUGGCACCUUGCACCUGGUGGAGAUUGUGGCCGAAGCGUGUGGGAAAGGAGGCGCCGGAGCACACCUGAAAGUGAGGACAGCCGCACAGAAGCUCCGUGGCAGAGUGCGACUGGCGAACGCCGGGCUUUCCGAAUCCUCGUGCCACGCAGGCGGCACUCAGCACUUCCUCAGGGUGGUGGGGGACUCCUUGCCAGCCACACUGCGCCAGCACAUGGACUCCGGCGGGAUCCGAGUGGACGUCACCAGCAUCGCCAAGGGCGGCGGCGUGGUGGAGUUCGACCUGCUGGUGAUGGUGGACCUGGAUGUCAGGGAGGUGUCUGCCACAUUCCUCUCCGCCCUUCAGAAUGCGUCUCUGCUGGAAGGGAGCCGAGGCGGGGCCUCCAUAUGGGAUUACGACGAGUGUGAGAGGCAGGAGCACGACUGUGUGCCCGGGACGUCCUGCCAGAACACGCUGGGGUCUUUCACCUGCCGCUGCCAGGGAGGUGCCCUGGACUCCCGUGUGGAAUAUUCUGGAAGACGCUGCGAAGGUGGCUCUCCUGGCAACUUGACCCAGGCCCCCAGCCCAGAGCGGCCCCCCACGCCAGUUGGGACCAAGGCUGCCCUUAUGCCAGGUAGCGCCAGGCCAGCCCCCCAAGACCUGCACCCGCGGCUGAACCUGACUGGCGCGGUCAGGGUGCUCUGUGAGAUUGAGAAGGUGGCCAUUGCCAUCCGGAGACGCUUCCUGCAGCAGGAGGCCAUCCCCGAGUCCUCCCUGUACCUGGGACAACCUUCCUGCAACGUGAGCAGCAGCAACAGCACCCACGUGCUCCUGGUGGCCAGCUGGGGAGAAUGCGGGACCCUUGUGCAAAGUAAUCUGACAAACACCGUGGUGAGGACCGUGCUGAGGAGUGACCUCUCCCCGGAGGGUAUCAUCCACCACCUGAAGAUCCUCAGUCCCAUCCACUGUACCUUCCGGAACGACCUCCUGACCUCCUUGGGCUAUGGCCCAGAGUGGGGGGUCCACACUGUCCUUGAGGACCUCCACGGCGCUGGGAAUUUUGUCACCAAAAUGCAGCUGUUCGUCGGAGAUUCUCCCAUACCUCAAAACCACAGUGUGUCUGCCAGUGACGACGUCAAGAUCCAAGUGGGGCUCUUCAGGCAGAAUAGCCAGCUCAAGGUGGUCCUCACAGAGUGCUGGGCGACCCCCUCCAGCAACGCGGGCGACCCCCUCACUUUUGGCUUCAUUAACAACAGCUGCCCCGUCCCCAACACCUACACCAGUGUGAUUGAGAACGGCAACUCCAGCAAGGCCCAGUUCAAGCUGAGGGUCUUCUCCUUCAUCAACAACUCGGUGGUCUACCUGCACUGUCGGCUGCGUGUCUGCGUGGAGUCCCCCAGAGCCACGUGCAGGAUCACCUGCCACGACUCCCGGCUGCGGAGAAGCAGCGAAGGCUCCGUCGUGCACCAGAUGUCCUGGGGGCCCCUCGUUCGGUCGCAAGGUGCAGCUGCAUGUGCAAAGCCGGGCCUGGGGACCAGCUACCUCAUUCUCAUCGCAGUGGCCGGCUUUGCCGUGGUGGCAGGGGUGGCCGCCUUCCUGAUCACGCGCUACCACAGACUGACCGGACAAAGAACUUCAAAAUCCAGCUGGACGACUUCAGCUACCAGGUGUUCUCUGAAGAGGAGGCCCGGCGACCUGGAGGUCACCGCCGGUCAAGCAUUAGCAGGAGCGUGGCGCUCUGUGCCAGUGUUAGGAUGAGCCCCGAUGACGACCGCAGCCCCUCUGUGCCCAGGGCCCGUCCUGUCGGAGACGUGGGCAGAGUGCUGGAGAGUCCCGGGCCUCCAACCCGCCCACGCCACCCCUGCAGCACCCAGCCCCGCACACCCCGCCCGCAGGCCCCGCCUCCCCGUUGGGUCCUGCCACCCUGACUCGCGGAAGCCGGCGCCCAGCAUGCUGUCAAUCCCACGGCCCUUCACGCUCCGGAGAUAUUUGACCGUUUCUGCCACGCUCUUUUAGAAAUAGAUCCGUCUUGUAAAGGCAGCUCGAAUGCUAUUUUUAGUAGAUGUGGGUGCACUUUAACUUGUCUUCCACUUACCAGCGGGUUGUUUUUAUUUACAAAAUAAGGCGACUCAGAAGGUACUCUGUUAAUAGGAAUAUAUUUCUAGUGAGUAAAAGUGAUGUUACACACACACACACACACACACACACUGCUCUUUCACGUUUCCAAACGUGCCCACAGCCAUGUUUUCACGGGAUCCCACCCCUCGGGAGGGGGCGAUGUCCCCACCACACGGUGAGAACGCAGGGAAGGGGUAGACAGGGAUGCUCCUGGGGUCGUAGGAUGAACCAACAAAGAAAUGGUCUCGAAUGGCAUGUGUUCCCCUGGGUUUCUUCGUUGACGCUAUGCUAAGAGACACUGCUUUCCCCUCAUUUGAAAUAACUCAGAAUUGUCCCGAGAGCUAACAUCUAGAAAUACAGGGUUUCCCCGCGAUGGUCUUAGAAGGACAACAGGGUCUUAGGUUUCAAUCUUGACAGUAAUUUCACUGAAUAUAAUUAGCGGUCAGUCUGGGGCUCGGAGGUAGAGCGCUUCCCUCUCGCGUGUGAGGCACUGGGUUCGCUCCUCAGCAUCACGUCAAAAUAAAUAAAUAAAAUAAAGGUGCUGUGUCCAUCCACACCUAAAAAAAUUGAAAAAGAGUUUGUUAAAGAAAAUGAUUAAUCACUCCUACAGGACAUUUGGGAAAAGGAGCAAUUUGAUUUAUGGGAUAUUCUCAGGUCAAGAGUAACCGUGAGUAACGUGUGUGGAUGACCCAUUUUGAACAAGCAGAAUAAAUUGCCUCGGCACUGAGACGUGAUGGUGUGCUGGCUUCUCCGUCUGGUUGAGUUCACACCAAGGUUCGCGGAGCGACCUCUGAGGGCUGGUCUCCCGGGGAGCCCGGGACACAUCUCUGGUCCUUCCUGAGUCGUGCCCGCUGGCUCUGGCAUCAGGGCACUCCCUGCCAUUUGCCUUCUUGAAAAGCAGCAUGAGACAUCAGGAAGCCCAGGUGUUGAGCUCCGUCGCGGGUGGCUCUGGGUUUCAGGCGAAGUCAUUGGCAUGUAUUUUAAAGCCCCAUCUUUCAAACUUCAUCUG